AUGGAUUUGAGGGUUGGAAGGAAGUUUCGGAUUGGGAGAAAGAUCGGGAGUGGGUCGUUUGGGGAUAUAUACCACGGGACGAACCUGCUGAGUGGCGAGGAAGUGGCGAUCAAGCUGGAGUCGAUCCGGUCGCGGCACCCGCAGCUGGAGUACGAGUCCCGCGUGUACCGGUACCUGUCUGGUGGUGUUGGGAUCCCCUUUAUCAAGUGGUUUGGGCGCGAGGGGGAGUACAAUGCAAUGGUGAUUGACCUGUUGGGCCCCUCGUUGGAGGAUUUGUUUAAUUACUGCCACCGGAAGUUCUCCUUCAAGACGGUGAUUAUGUUGGCGUUGCAGAUGAUCUUCCGGAUACAGUACGUGCAUGGACGGUCGUUUAUCCACAGGGAUAUCAAGCCUGACAAUUUCUUGAUGGGUACUGGGAGACGUGGGUCCACGGUUCACUUGAUCGAUUUCGGUCUGUCGAAGAAGUACAGGGACUUCAACACGCACAAGCAUAUCCCCUACAGGGAGAAUAAGUCCCUGACGGGGACAGCCCGGUACGCGUCUGUGAACACGCAUCUUGGGAUCGAACAGUGCAGAAGGGACGAUUUGGAAUCCCUAGGUUACAUCUUUGUGUACUUCUGCAAGGGGUCCCUCCCCUGGCAGGGACUCAAAGCUACUACGAAGAAACAGAAGUACGACCGGAUCCUGGAGAAGAAAUUGAGUGUUGACGUGGACACACUGUGCCAGGGCCUCCCCGCGGAGUUCGGAGAGUACCUCAAAUACUGCAAGAACUUAAAAUUCGAUGAAAGACCGGACUACUUGUACGUGGCUCGGCUGUUCAAGGAUCUGAGCAUCAAGCUGGAGUACCACAACGACCACCUGUUUGACUGGACGAUGCUGCGGUACACGAAGGCGCUGAUCGAGAAGCACUGCGCUGCGUUGAAUCUCGACUUGGAGCAUCCGGAGAUGGACGCCGCCGAAAACAAAUUGCACCGGUUCCACCAAACGCGGCUGCUCACAAUGAAGAAAUUUUCCUCGCACUUCCACUACUUCAUAGUCGACGACAGACACACGCCCACGCCCGAGGAGGUGAAACGGCAGACCGCGGAGAACAACAAGAUGCAAUCGUCGCUCCCAGAGGAUUUGCUGAUUGCGAUUGACAAGGGAAUGGAGAGUAUGAAGAACAAUCAACCGACGUCCCCGCUGGUCACUGACCAACACAACACCCAGCAGCAGUACCAGCAGCCUCAGCUGCAACGGGACCCUCGGGGCCCUCGGGACCCGGCGAGCAACGGCCGUGUCUGGGUGUAG